AUGCCCUCCAACGAAAUUCCAACCGGUGAGGUUAAGGACAACGAGUACGUUUCUCGUCAAGGCGACCAUGAGCCCAUCAACGUCCUUGGUGAUGAUGCCAAGGUUGAAGACCCCAUCGACGCUGAGACCGCUGACUCCGAUGCUCAACUUGAUCGUGAUGACAAAGAGGCCAUUGAUAAGAGCAAUAUAUUAAAGGAGCGUACCCGGGGCGCUCAGCCUGCUGGAGAGUACCGCGAGCCCGGUGACACUGAGGGCCUUGAGGACAAGCAACUCGAGUAA